AUGGUUUAUGUGGAAUCAACUGAUGGAUCCAAACAUCUCGCUAGAGCCUUACUUGAUCAAGGAGCACAAAUGUCAUUCAUAUCGGAAGCCUUGUCUCGCCAACUACAUUUCAAAAGAAGCCAAAUUAACCUACAGGUUACCGGUAUAGGAAGCUCAAAGCCUCUCAUGGUCAAAGGAUUGGUAACAUUUAAGAUUUUCUCAUAUCACAAUCCUUAUAUCAGUUUUAAUGUUCACGCGGUUGUAUUAAAUAAGCUUACUACAUAUGUACCUGUUACAGAUUCAUCGAUAACAAAAUGUUCUCACAUAAAAGGUUUAAAUUUAGCCGAUCCGAUGGUACACAAGCGAUUAUCGCUCGAUAUUAUUUUGGGAGCAGAAAUCUAUUCUCAGAUAAUUGAAUCGGGAUUAAUUAAGGGUCCUUUUGGUGCUCCUAUCGCGCAAAAAACAUCAUUGGGUUGGAUUCUUACGGGAACUAUUUUGAAAGAAUUAUCUACGAACAGUGUUUCGUUAAUAGGUUUACAAUGCAAAUUUGACGAAGAUUUGUAUGAACUUUGGCGCCGCUAUGUACUGAUUGAGGAUAUACCUCCUAAAAUAUGUAAAUUUACUUUAGAGGACGAUAAAUGCGAUGAUUUCUUUUGUCGAACGUAUCAACGAGAGUCGGAAGGUCGUUACAUGGUUCGUCUUCCUUUUAAAGAACCCAAUCCUGAUUUGGGAGAUUCUCGCACUAUCGCGUAUAAAUUGUUUAUGAUUCUUGAAAAACGUUUCGAGAAAAAUUUGUCUUUUAAAGAGAGUUAUGUUAAAUGUAUCGAAGAAUAUAUCAGCUUGGGCGAAAUGAGCGAAAUUACGGAUUUGAAUGAAUUAAAUUCAGAAAAAGGUUAUUUUCUGCCACAUCACGGUAUUACCAGGGAAAUAAGUACUAGCACGAAAUUUCGGGUUGUUUUUAACGCUUCUCAGAUAACUAAUCUAGGCGUUUCUUUAAAUGGUCUUCUUUGCUUGGGUCCUAAACUUCAAAACGAUAUUAGCAAGAUUCUUCUUCGGUGGAGGAUGUAUCCGUUAGUGUUUAUUGCCGAUAUUGAAAAAAUGUUUCGUCGCGUGUGGAUUCAUCCAGAAGAUCGAACUUACCAAAAAAUCUUAUGGAGAAAAAGUCCAGAAGACGAAUUAAAAACUUAUUCUCUCAACACAGUCACUUUUGGUUUCGCUUCUUCCCCGUAUCUUGUUCUUCGAACGCUUCUUCAAUUGAAAAUUGAUGAGGGUGAUCGAUUCCCCCUCACAGAGGAUGUGAUUGAGAAGGAAACUUAUGUCGACGAUGUGCUUUCGGGUGAAUUUGAGGUUGAGACAGCCAUCGAUAAGGUUCAUGAAGUGGAUUCACUCUUCAGGGCGGGUGGCUUUGUUCUUAAAAAAUGGAUCUCAAAUAAUCCAGAGAUUUUAAAAUACAUUCCAGAAGAUUGUAAAGCUACCACCUCAGUUUGGGAGCCUGAAUCCGAAAUUUGCUAUAGACCUCUUGGUAUAAUGUGGUCCCCGAUGACGGACUGUUUUCAGAUUCGAGUGCAAUUUCCGCACGAUUCGAAACUUCCUACCAAACGAUCUGUACUUUCAGAUGUGGCUCGAAUUUUCGAUCCUCUCGGUUGGUUGUCACCAGUAACCAUAAAAUCAAAGAUUUUUCUACAAGAGUUGUGGAAACUCAAACUCGAAUGGGAUGACGAGUUGACUGAUAGUUUGUUGAAGUUAUGGUCUCUACAUAGAGCAGAGCUUUCUACUUUAUAUGAUAUUAGAAUCCCGCGAUAUUUGAAAUAUUCCAAAGACGUAAUCGACUGUGAACUACAUGGGUUUGGAGACGCUUCGGAAAAGGCUAUAGGAGCGGUAAUCUAUUUACGCUUAUUAUUUCGGGAUGAUUCUAUUUCUGUUUCUUUGCUCACUGCAAAAACUAAGGUCGCUAAAUUAAAAGAAGUUUCCAUUCCUAGGCUGGAACUUUGUGCUGCCGUAUUACUUGUUCGGCUAAUGUUGCAUGUGACUUCAACCUUUGAUUCUUUUUCCAAAGUGAUACAUCACUUUUGGACGGAUUCCAAAAAUACUCUUUUUUGGAUCCAAAGUCAUCCAAGCAGGUGGAAUACCUUCAUUUCUAACCGAGUUACUGAAAUUCAAACCUCUUUUCCAACUGGUUAUUGGCAUCAUGUAUCAGGAAUCGAUAAUCCGGCAGAUUGCGCUUCUCGAGGAAUAACUACGUCGUCCUUGAAAGAUCAUUAG